GGCUCAAGCCGCCGCCCACCCCGUUGGCGCUGGAUUUCAGACCGCCCAAACGAAGGCAGCCGUCCAGAGGGGGCCGCGCGCCGAUGUGGCGCUCCAUCCUAAUGGUCACAGCGCUCGCGGCCUUCGGCGCCACGUCCGCGUCGGAGGUGACGCCGAUCGUGAAGGUCAUCGAGUUACUGAACGGCAUGCUGAAUAAGGGCAAGGAAGAGAAGCACGCCGAGCAGGUCCAGUUCGCGGCGUACAAGCAGUUCUGCGACGACACUUCGGUGGACAAGAAGCGCGCGAUCGAGGUGGCCACAGAAAGGAUCGGCAUGCUGAAGGCCACCAUCGAGAAGAGCACCCAGGACGCGGAGCAGCUUGCGAAGGAGAUCACGGAACACGAGGGCGACAUCGCCGCUUGGACCGGCGACGAGAAGGCGGCUACAAAAGAGCGGGACCUCUCGCAUGCCGACUACCAGGAGCUGCAUAAGGAUUAUUCCGAGUCCGUUGACGCGCUGCAGCGGGCCGUCGCGUAUCUCAAGGACAAAUCGCGGACACUACCGCAGGCGUCUUUCGCCCAAAUCAAAAUCCUGAAGGAGAUCAAGGACAUGGCCUUGAUCCCCGCCGCUGCCAGAAAGACCCUCGACGCAUUCUUGCAGGCAAGUCAGGACCCCGACGCAGCCCUCGAGGUUACCGCCCCCGAGGCCUACGCGUACGAGUCGCGCCUGGGCCCUGUCAUUGAGAUGCUGGAGAAACUCCUCGACAAGUUCAUCGAUGAGCGCACUGCUCUCGAGAAGGAGGAGAUGAACUCCAAACACGCCUACGAGAUGCUCAUGCAAGAUCUGGAGGCGCAGGUGACCCAGGCUAAGUCUGAUGUUCAGGAGAAGUCCAUCUUCAAGGCCAAGAAGCUCCAGGAGAAGGCGAGCGCGGAGGGAGACCUCGAGGACACGUCCACCACGAAGGCGGACGACGAGAACUACCUGGCGGACCUCACGUCCACCUGCGAGCAGAAGUCGUCCGACUUCGAGAUCCGGCAGCAGCUCCGCGCCGAGGAGAUCGUGGCCAUCGGCAAGGCCAUCGAGGUGUGCAAGGAGAACGCCGGCCUCCUGGAGUCCAGGAGCAGCGCCGCCCUCAUCACGAAGGCGAAGCCGGCCAAGGUUGGCGGCGCCCGCAAGGGGGUGGCGCGAGAGGGGUGGGCUUCCAAGAAGGCGGCGGGGCUUCUGCGAAGGCGGCGGGGGCUUCUGGCCCCCUGCCUUCUCAGAAGGCCGUCCCACUCGCACCACCCGCUGGUGGGCGCCGCCGAGCAGGCAACGUCGCUGGCCUCCCUGCGCUCGGACCUGCGGAGCCCAGCGCAGCAGCGGGCCGCGAAGUUCCUCCAGGAGCGCGCUGGGCGGCUGAACAGCCGCAUGCUCUCGGUUCUCGCGGCGCGGGUGAGCGACGACCCGUUCGUGAAGGUCAAGAAGAUGAUCAAGGACCUCAUCGUACGGCUCAUGGAGGAGGCAAACGAGGAGGCGGAGCACAAAGGCUGGUGCGACAGCGAGCUGGCCACCAACGAGGUCACGCGCAAGGAGAAGACUGCCGCGGUGGAGACGCUGCACGCCGAGAUCGACGAGCUCGAGGCCUCCGUCGCCAAGCUCUCCGAGGAGAUCGGCGAGCUUGCUCAGGCCGUCGCGCAGCUGGACGCCGCCAUGGCGGAGGCCACCGGCCUGCGCACGGAGGAGAAAAAGAGCAACGAUGCCACCAUUCAGGACGCAGUCGAGGCGCAGGCGGCCGUGGCGCAGGCACUCGCGGUGCUCCGGGACUUCUACAACAAGCAGGCGACGGCCACCCUGGUGCAGACCCAGAGGCAGCAGCCAAAGGCGCCAGAGAUAUUCAACGGGCCUUACAGAGGCAUGACCGGGGAGGCUUCGGGCGUCAUCGGGAUGCUCGAGGUAAUCGAGUCUGAUUUUGCGCGCCUCGAGGCCGAGACCACAGCGUCGGAGGCUGCCGCUCAGAAGGAGUACGAUGAAUUCAUGACUGACUCGAAAGUCGACAAGGCCGAGAAGACGAAGGACGUCGAGCACAAGACGGCCAAGAAGCAGGACCAGGAGCAUGCGCUUACCAUGAAGACCAACGACUUGGAUGGCACCCAGAAGGAGCUGGAUGCCGCGCUGCGAUACUUUGACAAACUGAAGCCCUCGUGCGUCGACGCGGGCGUCAGCCACGAGGAACGCGUGCAGCGCAGGCAAGAGGAGCGGAUCGAGUCGCUCCAAGAGGCGCUCCGCAUCUUGAGCGGCGAGGAGAUCGCGUAAGCGCCAGCCCGCUGGCGAACCGCACAGUGGCGCGCUCCGCUGCCGCUUCUGCUCUCCUGCUGCUGGCCGCGGGACCUGGCCGCUGGUCAAAGAGCUGAGCCUCGGCCUUGGCGGCGGCAGAGCGCGGCGCCAGCGCGCGGCGGCGGGGGGGGCGGGUACCACGACGGAGGAGGGGAGAGCCGCUGUUCGAGGGCGUCCGCCGGGCGGCGCGCGCACGCACCGCGCGUCGCCAGUUUGUGCCGUGUCGCAGGACGCAGCAGGAUUCAUUUCGAUCCGAUCGAUCGGGUUCGGUUCGGUUCUGGUGUUCGACGAUCUGGUGCGGCCCGAUGCUUGCACGGCGUUG